AUGGUCCGCGUCUCCAAAGCCUACCACUCUGCUGUACAACCCCUUCUCUGGACCAUCAUUGAGAUGCACCGCCCGGGCUUUCAUACGCAAACCGCACAUAACGCACUCCGAAUCGAAGAAGCUACAAGUCGCGUGACACCACCUUAUGAUACCGGUCCUCAAAUCAAAUCACUAUACCAGCCAGCUCAGAAGGCGCUCAUCCAAGGCGAGAAGUUUCUCAAUGUAUUCUCGAGUGGUGAAACACCAGGGAAAAGGCUGGUCGAAGAGAGGAAGAAAGAACUAGGCGCGUUGCUGCCGGGAUUGCAAAAUUUGAAGACGCUCAAAUUGCGAGGUUAUUUCCCCGAGGAAUUUGUCAGAUGGCUUCUCACGGAACCUGAUCGGAUCGAGGAACUUCAUUUGGCCGUCUUGGACCGUCCAAUAGGCUGGUCGGAUUCCGAGAAUGCUGUACCAGAGGAUCAGAUAUUUGAUUAUCUAGAAGAGAUGACGGAAGAAGGGCGUACGAAAGUCGUAGAGGUGGACUUGGAGGGUCAAGAAUACGUUACCGCUCGUGCUCUUGCAUGCCUGGUUCCUGAAAGCAUAUCGAGACUGGCAAGUCUCAAGACACUACAUCUUUGCAAGCCUGGAGUUGGUACCGAGUACGAGCAAAGGAUGAUGUACUAUUCUACGCCCUCCGACGAACGAAUUCUUAGGGAGUGGAGCGCUCUGUUUAGAGCAACACGAAAGACGCUGCAACACCUUAUCCUCGAUCAACGACCCGUCGCAGAAGAGAACACGGGGGAUAGCAACAGUAACAAGGUCAGUUUGUGA